ACAAGAAGUUAGCCACACAAGAAGUUUUGUGGUUGUGGUGAAAGUAGUAGCAUCCCUCCAUUUUUAAGAUCUUUGAAACAAACUUCACCCCACUAACAAUUUAAUUUGGUGAAGUUUUGGAAAAUAAUACUCCGAUAGUUUGAAUGGCAUCAGUUGUAAUGACUUCUCUUCCACACUUCACCGGGCUUAGACCCCAGCAAGCUUCCUUCCCUGUUAAGACUUUGUCAUCAAGUCUGCCAAUGAGGGGCAAAGGAAAGGGUGCAUUGGGUGCACGAUGUGGUGAUUUCAUCGGCUCAUCCACUAACUUGAUAAUGGUGACCUCAACAACACUAAUGUUGUUUGCUGGAAGAUUUGGGCUAGCACCGUCAGCGAAUAGGAAAGCAACAGCUGGUUUGAAAUUGGAAGUAAGAGACUCUGGAUUACAAACUGGUGACCCUGCUGGUUUUACACUUGCAGACACUCUUGCUUGUGGCACUGUUGGUCACAUCAUUGGUGUUGGUGUUGUACUUGGUCUCAAGAACAUUGGGGCUAUUUAAAUUUAAUGUCUUCUUAUAUUAUGUGUUGCCUUGAGCUUGUAAAAUACUCAUUUUUAAAUGUUACUCGUAUUGUGCAUUAUGCAAUGUCUCCAUGUUUAUUCACAUUAA